GCCAGCCAAUAGCGAGCGAGCCCCGCCGAGAGUAAUGUUAGAGAGUCGAGGACUGAAGACACUGCGUAUCGCUAGUGUAAGUGUUCCCUCACACAGCCAUUGCAGAGCAUUGAGAUCCAGCGAUAGACCGUAGAUACUGCCAUCAAGAUGGGGAAAGAUCCAACCAAGCCAAGAGGGAAGAUGUCUUCCUAUGCCUAUUUUGUCCAGACCUGUCGGGAGGAGCACAAGAAAAAACACCCUGAUACUUCGGUUAACUUUGCAGAGUUCUCCAAGAAGUGCUCUGAGCGGUGGAAGACUAUGUCAUCCAAAGAGAAGGGCAAAUUUGAGGAGCUGGCAAAGCAGGACAAGGCACGAUAUGAGAGGGAGAUGAAGAACUACGUGCCUCCCAGGGGAGAAAAAAAGAAGAGGUUCAAGGACCCCAAUGCCCCCAAGAGACCUCCAUCGGCCUUCUUCAUUUUCUGCGCAGAGUUCCGCCCUAAGGUCAAAAGUGAGAGCCCCGGCCUGUCCAUCGGAGAUGUUGCCAAGAAGCUGGGCGAGAUGUGGAACAGCACCACGGCUGAGGACAAGCAGCCCUUUGAGAAGAAGGCUGCUAAACUGAAAGAGAAAUAUGAGAAGGACAUCGCAGCAUAUCGUGCUAAGGGCAAAGUGGGCGGUGGUGCACCUGCAAAAGCCCCCGCCAAGAUGGAGAAGAAGGAAGAAGAUGACGAUGAUGACGAUGAAGAUGAUGAUGACGAGGAGGAUGAUGAUGAGGAUGAUGAUGACGAGUAGGCAGCCAGUGACAUACAGUGCUCAUUUUCUUGUUUAUAAAGCAUUUAAUCCCCUUGUACACACUUCACUUACUGAAAAAAAAAAUAAGUUAGUCUCCCGUGGAAAAAAAGGCACAAAAAAAUAAGGCUGUGUAUAUCAGUUGUUUUUAUGCUGUACAGUUUUUUUUCUCCUUUUUGUAUAGUUAACACUACAAAAGUAUCGUGUCUGUAUCUUUCUGCCAGUCUUAUUUUUCCAGUGGUAGUUCCUAGACCACUAUUCCACCUGGUACAGUGUAAAGGGGUGGGCUUACAGUAUUUACCCUAGCUAGAGGUGCACAGCACAUAAAACCCCUCCUGAGUUGAAUCUGAGUGCUUGUUUUCCUUUCCUGUGUGUUUUUAUUUUAAAUGACAUGUUAUGAAAUUGACGUAUCACAGUUUUACUGUUCUUUGAGUACCACUGUAAUUGCAAAAAUAAGAAAAAAAGCCUUGUUUAUUGUUUAAAUUUAAAUUGCUUCUGAUGUCAAUAAACAUUUUUUUAAUAU